AUGUCCUUGAUUAAUAUUUCUUCUACAUUCGAUCUACCAAAUCAAUUUAUACAUCUUACUGGUUCUUAUUAUGUACAAAAGGUUCUUGAUGUUGCUGAUAUUAACACAUGCUUAAUAAAUCAUUCACGAAUUCAAGAUCCAAAAGAACUGCUCGAUAUAUUUCCUUUAUUCUAUAGUAUUGUUAUUCAUUUUGAUGAAGUAUCAAUUACUGAACAUGCUCAAGCAGUUGAAAUAUUACUUCGAUUAACAGCAAGUGAAAUGUCUGAUGCUCAACGUCGAAUUCAUCUUGGUCUUUCAGAUGAUGAUCGACAUUC